AUGGCGUUUAUGGCGUUUGGACUCUCGAGUUGGCAACGUGCUACCGAUGCGACACGCGGUGCAGCGGCCGUUUGCUCCAGCGACGCACGUGAACAGCAUUCAGCCAAGUUCGUUGUCACCUCGGGAACACAAUCUUUGAAGAGUGGACCGAAGCUCUUGGGGUCAGCGGGAACGCACGGGCGUCCACCACUGAUCGCUGGGCUGGCGGCUGCAGCGCCCCUAGUACCACCUUACCACCACCACCAGCAGCAGCAGCAGCAGCAGGUUGUUCGAAGAGCGCUUCCGCUGGGUUUGCUCUCCCAAGUGCUAGGGUGGCUUGUGAUCAUCGGUUCAUCGCUAUACAAAGUUCCUCAGGUGGUGCGUAUUCUUCGCGUGCGAUCCGCGAAAGGCAUCUCGGUCACAACAUACGUCUGUGAAACCGUAAGUACGGCGUGCAGCUUCUGCUAUGCGCUUCGACAGCGGUUUCCGUUCGAUACCUUUGGGGAAUCUGGCUUCAUUCUUAUUCAAAAUGUCAUGAUUCUGGUUUUGAUGAGUCAUUUUGAUGCGAGACCUCGACGCUGGGCAACCUUGGCAAUCUUGGGAUCCAUCACGCUGCUCAUGGGCGUCUUGUUGAGUCCGCGUUUGGCACCACCCGUGGUCGUCACGGUUGCUCAGGCCGUUUCCAUACCUCUUCUGAAUCUGAGUCGCAUUCCUCAGAUUGUCAUGAACGCCCAGUUACGUACAACAGGGGAGCUGAGCAUCACGACGAUGCUCCUCCAGCUCCUGGGAAAUGCUGCCCGUUUGUUCACAACGCUUGUACGCCUCGAUGGGAAUCUUCCGUACCUGCUGAGCGCGAUUGUCGCUCUCGCGUUGAACAGUAUUUUGGUUUACCAAUACUUCAGAUUUUACGCGGAAUAG